UGCGGAAAAAUUACCAGGAAGAACCGACAAUGACAUAAAGAAUCACUGGCACAGUCAUCUGAUGAGAAGGAAAAUGACUAUGAUGAUGAGGAAGAAGGAAGAUGACGAUGACGAUGAUAUUCAUGAAGAAAAACCAACAAUUUUCCAGAAGAAUAUGGACCCUGAAUAUACUUCCUCAAAUCAAGAUCACUGCUAUGACGACAAGAAUAAUGAAGAAACUUUUCCAAUUUCGGCUACAAUGUUAUUUGAUUCUAAGCCCCAAAAGAUGGAGCUUAUGGAGAGUAAUCAGGACAUUAAAAUUCCUUCUUAUGCUAUUGCUGCUGGUGAUGAUGUCACUGAGAUAAAUUACAGUACUAAAUCAUCAUCAUCAUCAUUAAGCAAUCUUAUGGAUGGGGCUAAUGCAUCUGCAGAUAAUCAAAAAACUACCACCCUGAGUGAUGAUUCUUCAGUAGAAGAACACUUUUACUGGUUUGAUGAUUAUAAUGAAAAUUCCAGUUUCUGGGCUCAACUUUCUGCCCUUGAACAAAUCAUACAACCACAUUGAUUAUCAAUGAUUCCCUGUUGGCCUAUCUAAGAUAGUGUUGUAUGGACCUCCCC